GUGGAAAAUACUUCCUAGUAGCAUGUCGUCAUUUCCUGUUUCAGAAAAACGGAAUGGUCGUUUUUGUUAUUGUUUCUUUUCGGUGUUUUCAGACCCCAGUAACAGAUAUCUAUCACUAGUCUUUGAUUUUACAGUUUAAUGUCUGAUAAUAGGACGAUAAUUUCAUGUCAACAGUCACUGAAGUGUUUAAUUCCUGUUUCUUAUUAGAGUAGAAACACGGAGAGCUGGUGAGGAGAAGGAUUUAAAUGGUUUUAUUUUUUUAGAGUUUUAAAUAAAAUAAUUGUGCUGCUGAUAUGAAGAUCUCAGACAGCGUGUUACGAAGUUUCAGGGUUGCGAGGACAUACGGAGAAAAUUCUCAGAAAGUCAACUGUGUGGAUUUUAGCCCAAGUGGAGAGAAUGCAGUAUCAAGCAGCGACGACGACUGCAUCGUGCUGUACGACAUCCGAGAGGGAAAGUAAGAAGCUAUAUAUGUCUGUGCAAUGAGUAAGAUUUGUCUUACUAAUGUCUUAUCUUUAAAUGACAUGAGAGCCUGUAUGUACGGUGGCCGAGAACCGCCAAUGCUGCCAAUGCUGUUUCUUUUUUUCAUUGGUAACUUCCAUUGUGGCUUCUUCUUUUUUUUUUGCAUUCUUUUCUAUUUGCAGCAGUGGCGGUUCUCAGCCACCAUAUAUAUGGGUUAUGGGUGCUAAUGUAGAAGAAAUAAAUAAACUAAAAAUAGGAGAGAUGAAAUAAUAAUAAAUGAAUAUAUAAAAGGGGGGAGUGAGAUGUCAAACGGUGUUAAUUUGGCAUGGAUGUUACUCAUUUUCAGACCCAAGCGGACCCUGUACAGCAAGAAGUACGGAGUGGACCUGAUCCGGUAUACACACAGUGAUACACAGACUGUGGUCUACAGCUCCAACAAACUGGACGGUACUAACUUGUUAUUUCUUAAUGUCAGAUCUCUGCACAGUGUACAAAACAAAGAUAUAAAGUAGGAUAUAAAAACAUACAUGUUUGUGUUUUGUAGAUACCAUCAGAUACCUAUCACUGACUGACAACAAGUUCAUCAGGUAUUUCCCAGGUCACACUGCAAGGUGAGUAUUGACACCUAUUUGGACCUUAAGAAGUGCAAAGAUGAAAUCUGAAAUACACCACAUUACUUUGAUACAGAAAAAAAGAAACUGUUAUUUAUAUUGAUAAACUUUUUUCUUUUGUGGCGUGAGGUUAAAAAAUGAUUAUUUUCUCGGGCCCCUGUCAGUUAUGGCUCCUGGAUUUGCUCAAUCCUUUUCUCCUUCACACAGCGCCCUUCUUAUACUGCGUAGUUCCUAAACAACUAUUCUACUUGAAUCUUUCAAGUUCAACCACCCUCUAGAUCAAAUCAAAUAUAAAACAUUAACAAAUCAGCUGUUAUUGUGUACCAUUUGUGAAGUAUGUACGUAUCUAUACAUGUCUUUGUUCUGAUAAACUGGUGAACAAACUGCCUGUACUCAACAAAGCUUCUCUUCCUUUAUAACUUAAUAAAAUAACGUUCAUUCUUCUGUGAUUGUUUUUCAGGGUUAUUGCUCUCUCCAUGUCACCAGUAGAUGACACAUUCAUCUCCGGCUCAUUAGACAGAACUAUUCGAAUCUGGGACUUGAGAUCCCCAAACUGUCAGGUGAGUGCUGAUAUUGAAUUUUCCUUCGGGGAUCAAUAAAGUUCCUCUUCUUAUUCUUACUCUAUGAGCUGAUAAUAAAAGAAUACAUCUCAACAAGCAGGUAACCCCCCUGUGCUUUAGAUCGCCCAGAUUCCUGCACCAACCAAACAACAACAACAAAACUCUGGCUUCUCUGUCCCGUGGCCACUGGGUGUCCCCAAAGUUGCUCCAGUUCCCAGUGAUGCACUUAAAUCUGCACCCUGGGAUUUAGAACAAGACUAUGAUAGACUUAAUAGAUAGAGGAGAUGAUCAAAUGAAAGAGUUACCAUGGAAACGGCAAUGAUUUAACUAUGACAGCUGAAAUGUGUUAGUAAACUGGCAUAUCUGUGUCCAAAUACGGUCUUUUAAUUUUCUGUGGGUUUCUCUGUUUUGCUCCAGGGUCGGACUAAUCCUCUUGGGAAACCCGUGUGCUCAUUUGACCCUGAUGGUCUGAUAUUUGCUGCUGGGGUUGAAUCACAGGCAAUUAAGCUGUACGACCUCCGUGCUUUUGACAAGGUAAAAUGUGAAUCCAGGAGUCUGAGGUUUUUGUCUUUAUGCUGGUACUCCAGGAUGACUUGGCCAUCGAACACAUGUGUGAUGUUACAUCUGCUUUACUCUGACUCCUUUUUUUUGUGGGUAGGGUCCCUUUGCGUCCUUUGAGACGAGGUUUACUCGUGUCUGCGACUGGACAGGACUGAAGUUCAGUAAUGAUGGAAAACAGAUUCUGAUCUCUACUAAUGGAGGAAUGAUUCAAAUCCUGAAUGCCUUCAAUGGAUCUGUGCUGCACACUUUUUCUGUAAGGUUAUAUUUCCACAAACCUCCUCUGUACAUCUGUCUGUCCAUCAGUGCAACAUCCUGACAGCUUCUCUGUCUCGGCUCGUUUAAGGGCUACAACAACAGUAGAGGCUUCUCCCUGGAGGCCUGCUUCACUCCAGACUCUCAGUUUGUCAUGAUUGGUAAGUAUCAACAUCUCAGUUUUAUAGUUCAGUCACUUCUUACUUUUAACCUUGUCUCACUUUACAGGCUCAGAGGAUGGAAGAAUCCAUGUUUGGAGUACUGAGAGCGGGAUGAAGGUGGCUGUGCUGGAUGGGAAACACCCGGGACCCAUUAACACUCUGCAGUUUAACCCCAGAUACAUGACGUUUGUCAGUGCCUGCACUUACACGGUGAGAUCACAUCAUCAUGUAAAUCUCAUAUGGACAGAACUUUUCCACAUUUGUGAAUCCUGCUCUUCUUCCUUUAACAGAGAUUCUGGCUUCCGUGUCUGGACGACCUUUAAAGGGAUGAUGGUGAAGUGAGUCCUUUUCAGUGAACCUCUAACGCCCAUGCAGAGACACAGGAUACCAGUAUGUGUUGGACUGAGACCCAGUAUGUCUGAGGAGUAGAGAAAUAAUGCAGUAUUUUUAACUUUUCAAAUAUUGGUCAAGCUGUGAUGAAAUCCCUCAUAUAUCUCCCGUUUGAGAUAUUUUCAUUGUUUCAUGUGAAGUUUUUAUAUUUACUCAUGUUCUUAUUCAAACAUUUUACAAUUAAACCAUGUUAUAAAAAAUAUUUUUCACUUUUUUAACAUCUUACUGUUUGUGUUACACAGUUCAACUUAGACAUGAUUCAAUUCCAAGACCUCCAAAAAAAAAGCUCCCCUCACACCCAAAUUCUAAACUCAACAGGGAAGUCCUCUGUUUUGAUUUAAACUUUUGAUCACCUGAUUUAAAGGGUGUAUAUUUGAACCAAACUUGUCCUACAGCUUUUGUCCAAUCGUUUCCAACAUUGUGUUAUUGUUAUAGACACUUUGACGAUUAAAAGUUAUGAAAGGAC